AUGGAAGUUGAAGAAGCGAAAUAUUUGUCUACUUCAAGGAAAAUGGUAUUGAAGAAAGUCACGACAUUCUACUAUGAAAUUCGAGCGACAUUGUCACGUUUUAUUUGCAAGAUAUGUGCCUACAUCCUUUUCAAAGUUUUCCGCCGCUUCAUGACUCGCUUGUUGAUCAGUCCACUACAGAUGAGACGAGUAGUUGAAGCAGAAAACACGGGUACACCACUUGUUUAUCUCCCUCUUCAUCGCUCUCAUUUCGAUUAUCUUCUCAUCACAUGGACUGCAUGGCACUUCGGCCUUCGUUUGCCUCACAUUGCUUCUGGCGACAAUUUGAACCUAAGUGGCCUCGGAUGGCUUCUGCGAUCCACUGGAGCUUUUUUCAUCCGAAGGCGGACUGAUGAAAAUGAGGAAAGGGGAAGAGAUGCCUGCUAUCGGUUGGUGCUUCAGUUUCUUUUCAUUAUAAUGUUGGUGUGCAACCUUGGACUUUGUUUCUGUCUUUUUUUUUUUNUUAGUCUAAAAUUCGUUCGCGAUCCAUUACGUCUGAACUUAUCUACAAAAGCAUGCAACGUUCCAAUUUAA